AACCGCUAUAUUGGCUUAUAUUGCUUCAGGAAAUUCACGCUGCGAGGUGAUAGCGCAGGGAUUUGUGUCAGGAGCGAAAUCACACUGUGGAUUGCCAAGAACUGACAGAGGCGUAUCUAAUCAACAGUUGCAUGUUGUGUAAAGUCCUCCCUUUCCGGAAGCCUCAACACAACUGUAUUUCUUCGUUUGCUCUUAGCAACUCAUUCAAACUGUGCGUGACGUACCCUGCCGCUCAAAAUGAAUGCAUCAGGCCAUGCAACGUACAAUAGUCGCCGGCAAUCGCGAUCGUCAAAUAAGUCAUCGAAAUCGUCAUAUUUUUGCAGUGGCAGCAGUCCACCCGAACUUCACGCGCUGCCAAAUACUGACGAGUCGGGUGUGGAAGCCAUUUUUCGGCACUUUAGCCAGGGCAUGGCAUUCUGGGAAUGCCUCAAGACAUGCCGACCUUGUUUGGAAGCCCACUCAUACCGCGUACUCGACAUGGUUGAGAAUGUGAUUGGGUUUCUGAGCAAUAAUGUCACUGCUACGGCGGCCAACUCGGUUGGAGGGACAGAAAAGCAUAGCCGGAGCCGCAGCGGGAUCAGCGGCAGCGGCAUUCGGAGCGCGCCACAAACCUUCGUACAGCCCUGUGUGGCCGUUGUGGCUCCUACCAGUCCCUCUCUGGCUGCAGCUCUUGAGAAUCUCCCUCCCAUGGUUCUCGGAUGGUUUACUCUUGACGAUCAACAAGGAGCCACCCUGAUACGCUUUAUAUAUCGUCGAAUGUUACGGCAGAUAGCUUCAGUGUUGGAUGAGAUGCAGCAGAUGGAACAUGAUCAGCAUAUCGCAUGGGAAAGAGAGCUGGCAACCUACCUGAUAACAGUAUUGCAAAUACUUGAGGGCUUUGAAAGAUAGCGUGUUAUUAAAUGACGAAACGCAAAUACUAUCUAGAGAUAUGCGACAAAGAAAAUCUAUGAUCCAACGUUUAGCUAAUUUGAUGUUGUCACUUGUUACAACUACGUCAAUAUAUGGAAAAAGAAAAAGCUGCGCUUGUAUAUUUCCGCAUAGGUAC